AUGGCGCAACCCUCUCUGCUUCAGUAUGAAGCACCAUUCCAAAUAUACGGUCUCUCCUUCUCCAACUCCCCUCUCAAUCCCCUCCGCACAGCCCUAACCUCCUAUGCCGCCGGACCCAGCAACAAGCUCUCCGUGCUCGACACCCUCCACCCCUUCUCGUCCUCCUCUUCCUCUCACGCACAAGCGCAAUUACCCUCCGGUGCCCCGCAGCACUUCUACCAGCAAGCGAGCCAUGGCCUCAUGUUCCCAGCUACGAAAGUGGGGUGGGAGCCGGCCGAGUCGGUCGUUCAUGCCGGGAGAGAGGAGGAGGGCGGGCGAGGCGAGUUGUUGGCUACUACAGGGGACGUACUGCGGAUAUGGGAGGUCGGGCUGGACUGGAGCGAGGAGAGGGGGAGGGGGUUCGUGGGGCGGAGUAAUGGGUAUAAUGGCCAGGGACAGGGACAAGGGCAGGGGCAGAGCCAGCCACAGGGUCAUGCGCUGAGCACGAGGAGUGUCCUGACUAAUAGCAAAUCCCCGGCCAUGUCACUCCCACCCAUCACUUCCUUCUCCUGGAACCCCUCCUCUCCCAACAACAUCGUCACCUGCUCCAUUGACACCACCGCCACAUUAUGGGACAUCAAUACCUCGCAAGCUCUGACACAGCUCAUAGCGCACGACCGAGCAGUUUAUGACCUGUCAUGGCUCCCCCGUUCGGCCGAUAUCUUCGUCUCGGUAGGCGCGGAUGGGUCACUCCGGGCUUUCGACUUGCGUACCCUAGAGCACUCUACGAUCCUGUAUGAGUCGUCCUCGGAGACACCAUUAGCACGAAUAGCGUUCAGCAAUCGGGAACAGCACAUGCUAGCAUGCUUUGGUAUGGAAGAUAACAAAGUCCUCAUACUAGAUAUGCGGUCGCCUGGGCAUCCCGUUGCCGAGCUGGUAGGGCAUCAGGGACCUCUCAACGCCAUCGCGUGGGGAUCAGGCGGGGACGGGAAGGGCGAUACCGGUGGUGGCUACUUGGCGAGCUGCAGCGACGACGCCCAACUGCUCAUAUACGACAUGACCUCUCCCCUCCCCUCCUCCUCCCGACCGCCCUCUACCCAACCUACCCAAUCCAAAUCAUCUCAACCCAAACAAUCCUCCCUCAAACCCAACAACCACACACAUACCAUCCUCUCCCCUUCCGCAUCCCCCAACUUCCUGCCAUCGCGGGAUAACAGCCCCGCCCUCCUCCCUGCUUCGAUGCGGGGCGAUGGCUCGCGCUCCAGACUGUCCAAUACGUCGGGCGACGACCGAGGCGGCACACCCGACGGCGGAGCCAAUAGUGCAUCGGCAGAGGCGGCGGUGGAGAUUAUGCCGGCGCGAGCGUGGGCUGCAGAGGGAGGAAUCAAUAAUCUGGCUUUCGAUAGAGAAGGGGAAUGGCUCGGCUGUGUGAGCGGUAAUAGGCUUAGUGUGCUGCGUGUGUAA